UACCCUCGCUCUUUCAUGGACAGUGACGGAGAUGGAAUUGGGGACAUCAAUGGUAUCACAUCAAGAUUAGAAUAUCUAAAAGAGCUAACUAUAGACGCUAUAUGGUUAUUACCCAUUUUCAAGUCUCCGAUGCACGAUUUCGGAUACGACGUAACAGAUUAUUAUACCAUUGACCCUGAAUACGGCACAGCGGAGGAUUUCGAACAUCUUCUGAAGAAGGCUAAUGAGCUGAAUAUAAAAGUAGUGUUGGACUUCGUGCCGAAUCACACCAGCAACGAGAGCGAGUGGUUCAUAAAGUCACUGCACAGAGACGAGUAUUAUAGUGACUGGUACAUCUGGGAAAAUGGAUACUUAGACUCUAAAGGAUAUAGACGACCACCUAAUAAUUGGAUAAGUGUCUUCAGAAAAAGUGCAUGGCAUUACGUCCCAAAUCGCGAUCAAUAUUAUUUGCAUCAGUUCGGAAUUUCUCAGCCUGAUUUGAAUUUUAGAAAUCCAGUAGUUGUUGAAGAAUUAAAGAGUAUAAUAAAAUACUGGCUCGAGAAAGGAGUAGCGGGCAUGAGAAUAAAUGCAGUAAAUCAUUUCGUCGAAAUUGACAAGGAUUUGUUUGGAGGAAGGUAUCCUGAUGAACCGAAGACUGGAAGGCCAGGGUACGGACCUGAUGACUACGAGUACCUGGAUCACGUUUACACUAAGGACUUGGAGGAGACAUACGAUCUAAUGUCACAGUUCCGCGAUGUAUUUGACGCUAUUAGUCUUCGGGAUAACUUGACAAGGGUAAUGAUGACAGAUGCGUCAACGGGUAUCAAAAACGCGGUGAAGUACUACGGAGAGGGUAUCCACUACGGAGCGCACAUCCCAUUCAAUUUCGCACUCAUAGAGGACUUGACGAAGGAGCUGGAUGCCAGAGACAUGAAAUAUGCGAUCGAUCGCUGGUUGACCUACAAACCGCUACGGAAGCCGGCGAAUUGGGUGACGGGCACCAACGAUAUAGGCAGAGUAGCAUCCCGCUUUCGACCCGAGCUAGUGGACGCAUUCAACAUGCUCGUCCUACUGUUGCCUGGAAUCGCUAUCACUUACAUGGGCGAAGAAAUAGGUAUGGUAAAUGGGUUCGUGCCGUGGACCGAGACGAAGGACCAGCUCGCCUGCAAUACGGAUGACCCGGUCAACUUUAUAGACGUGUCCCGCGACCCGGUGCGGACGCCCUUCCAGUGGAAUAACGGAAAGAACGCAGGUUUCUCAGCAGCAGAGAAGUCGUGGCUUCCGGUAGCAGAAGGUUACGAACAUAUCAACGUGGCGAGUCAGCGGUCUGCUGUACGAUCUCAUUACCAAGUCUACCGAACGUUGAUGGGUCUUCGCUUGAGACCGGCGUUCAGACUCGGCCGGUAUGAGUCUUUGGCGCUUAAUAAUGAAGUCUUUGCGUUUAAAAGAUGGUACAACGACGACGCCUAUGUAGUAGUUAUGAACGUCGGUAGAACCUAUCAAGUUGUCAAUCUAACUGCCUUUGAUCUUAUAUUUGGACAGUUAGAGGUCGAGGCUAGCAGCGUGCUUUCUACUAGGACUUUCAGUGACAAUGUGCAUGCGAAUUAUUUGGACAUUGGCGCGGACGAGGCUCUAGUAUUGAGGAUGCAAGUGUAA